UUCUUCUUCAGCCUCGCCUCCAUGUUUGAACCGUUGGAAAAGUUGCCAUUGUGUAACAAUUUAAAAGAAACGGUGACGUUGACGUCACACAACAAGGUCUUCUGACGGAAAGAUUGUAAUCUGUUCCAACAGAAGAGACUCUUCAAGCUGUGUGUUUGUGUAAACUUUUAAACAUUUAAAAAUGGAGACUCCUGAUCUGGACACAGAUAUUAUGAACUUACUUACAAACAACAGUGAAAUCCAGGAAGAGAGAUCAGAAUCACCAUCGCCCAGCUGUAACUCCAUGCACAGUUAUAGGUCUAUGGAUCCUCCUGUGAGGUUUGACGAUGCAGACUGCUUACUACACAGUGAACUCCAGGUAAAGAGGUCAGAAUCAGCAGCACCCAGUAUGGUCUCCAUGUACAGCAGUAGGUCUAUGGAUCCUCCUGUGAGGUUUAAUGAAGCAGACUCCUCACCCCUACACAGCGAACUCCAGGUAAAGAGGUCAGAAUCAGCAGCACCCAGUAUGGCCUCCAUGUACAGCAGUAGGUCUAUGGAUCCUCCUGUGAGGUUUAAUGAAGCAGACUCCUCACCCCUACACAGUGAACCCCAGGGAAAGAGGUCGGAACCAGCAGCACCCAGCAGGGCCUCCUUGCACAGCAGUAGGUCUAUGGAUCCUCCUGUGAGGUUUAAUGAAGCAGACUCCUCACCUUCACACAGUGGUCUACAGAAGAAAAUGGGCAAAAUUAAAAAGUUUAUCACAGAAAAAGGACAAAAAGCAGAAUCUGCCUCUGUAAAUAAAUGCCAGAAAAAGUUUAAAUUAAAUCUAAUGAAGAAAUUUCAGCAUUUGAAUGGCGUGAUGAUAAACCUGGGAACCCAAACACUCCUGAAUGAGAUCUACACAGAGCUCUGCAUCACAGAGGGAGACAGUGGAGACAUCAAUAAAGAACAUGAGGUGAGACAGAUCGAGGCAGCAUCCAGGAGAACAACAACAGAGGAAACACCAAUCCAAUGCAAUGACAUCUUUAAGCCCUUAUCUGAACAAGACAAACCCAUCAGAACUGUGCUGACAAAGGGAGUCGCUGGCAUCGGAAAAACUGUCUCUGUGCAGAAGUUCAUUCUGGACUGGACUGAAGGGAAAACAAAUCAGGACGUCCACCUUAUAUUUCCACUUCCUUUCAGAGAACUGAAUUUGAUGAAGGACCAGAAACUGAGUCUGAUGGAGCUCCUUCAUGUCUGUUUUAAGGGAAUAAAAGAAACAGAAAUGUCCAGUUUGGAAAAGAGUUUGUUUAUUUUUGAUGGAUUAGAAGAGUGUAAUUUUUCUCUAGAUUUCCAGAACACAGUGAGAGUGUGUGAUGUAACUGAAUCAGUAUCAGUGCCUGUGCUGCUGGUAAACCUGAUCAAAGGGAAUCUGCUUCCCUCUGCUCUCAUCUGGAUCACCUCCCGACCAGCAGCAGCAGAUCAAAUCCCCUCUGAGUGUGUCCAUCGAGUCACAGAGGUACGAGGGUUCAAUGACCCACAGAAGGAGGAGUACUUCAGGAAGAGGAUCAGUGAUCAGAGCCUGGCCAAUAACAUCAUCACACACCUGAAGUCAUUAAGAAGCCUCUACAUCAUGUGUCACAUCCCAGUCUUCUGCUGGAUUUCAGCCACUGUUCUAGAGAGAAUGUUGGGUGAAGCAGAGAGUGGAGAGAUCCCCAAGACUUUGACUCAAAUGUACACACACUUCCUCAUCAUCCAGACAAACAUCAUAAGAGAAAAGUACUCAAAGAAGCAGGAGAGUGAUGAAGAAAUGCUUCUUAAACUGGGACAACUGGCUUUUGAGCAGCUGAAGAAAGGGAACCUGAUCUUCUAUGAGGAAGACCUGAGAGAGUGUGGUAUUGAUGUGAGAGAAGCAGCAGUGUACUCAGGUGUGUGUACACAGAUCUUCAGAGAGGAGUUUGGUUUUCACAAAAGUAAAGUGUACUGCUUUGUUCAUCUGAGCGUUCAGGAACACCUCGCAGCUCUGUAUGUGCACCUGAUGUUCAUGAUGAAAAAGAGAAAUGUUCUCGAACAAAGUCAGCUCUGUGAACAACAGUUGAAAAAUUUUACAAUUUCAGAUGUCCAUGAAUGUGCUGUAGAUCAUGUCUUAAAAACUCAGACUGGACAUUUGGAACUUUCUCUUCGCUUUCUCCUGGGUCUCUCACUGGAAUGUAAUCAGAAACUCCUACAGGCCUUAGUAACAAAUACAGGAAAUAACUACAAGAACAUAAAUUGUACAGUUCAGUACAUUAAAAAGAAAAUCAGUGACGAUCUUCCUCCAGAGAAAUCCAUUAAUCUGUUCCACUGUCUGAAUGAACUGGGUGAUAAUUCUCUAGUGGAGGAAAUUCAACAUUAUCUGAAAUCCGGAAAACAAAGUGAACUCUCAUCAUCACAGUGGUCUGCUCUGGUGUUUGUGUUACUGACAUCAGCAGAGGAGCUGGAAGAGUUUGACCUGAAUAAAUAUAUCAGUGAAGAUAAGAUAACAGAAGCUGUUCUUCCAAAGAUGAUGCCUGUGAUUGCAGCGUCCAGAAAAUCAAUCAUCAGGUGUGAUUUCCUUGGAGUGAAAAGUUGGUCAGCUUUAGUCUCAGCGCUCAGCUCAGAAACCUCCAUACUGAAAGAACUGCAUCUGACCAUUAAAACAUUAGAUCUAUCUGGGAAUAAAUUGGGAGAUUCUGGAGUAAAGAUUCUUUCUGAUGUACUCAAGAAUCCUCACUGUAAAGUGGAGAAACUGAGGAUGUAUAGGUGUGGUGUCUCAGAUGAAGGCCUUGCUGUUCUGUCUUCAGCUAUAAGAUUAAACGCGUCAAACCUAAGAAAACUGGAUCUGUCCUAUAACAAAGUAGGAGACUCAGGAGUGAAGAGUCUCUCUGCUGUUCUGGAGAAUCCCCAGUGUAACCUGGAGAAAUUAAGGUUGUGGGAUUGUGGUGUCUUAGAUGAAGGCUGUGCUGCUCUGACUUCAGCUCUGAGAUCAAACCCCUCACACCUGAGAGAACUGGAUCUGUCAGGGAAUAAACUAGGAGACUCAGGAGUGAAGUGUCUCUCUGCUGUACUUGAGAAUCUUUACUUUAAACUGGAGACACUGAGGUUGUGUGAGUGUGGUGUCUCAGGUGAAGGCUGUGCUGCUCUGACUUCAGCUCUGAGAUCAAACCCCUCACACCUGAGAGACCUGGAUCUGUCCUUUAAUAAUGUAGGAGACUCAGGAGUGAAGCGUCUCUCUGCUGUACUGGAGAAUCCUGACUGUAAACUGGAGACACUGGGGAUGUCUAAGUGUGAUGUCUCAGAUGAAGGCUGUGCUGCUCUGACUUCAGCUCUGAGAUCAAACCCCUCACACCUGAGAGACCUGGAUCUGUCCUGGAAUAACAUUGGAGACUCAGGAGUGAAGCGUCUCACGGCUCUUAAGGAUGAUGAACAUUACAAACUACAGACACUGAGGGUCUGGUGAACAUCUGUGUGUGUAAUGAAGACUCCACCAUGUUCCUGCAUUUCCAUGUUGGUGUUUAACACCUGGCUUACAGUAUAUCAUUAUAACACAUUAAACACCUGGCUUAUAUCAUUAGAACUCAUUUAACACCUGGCUUAUUUAGUUAUAACUCAUUAAACACCUGGCUUAUUUAGUUAUAACUCAUUAAACACCUGGCUUAUUUUAUUAUAACUCAUUAAACACCUGGCUUAUAUCAUUAUAACUCAUUAAACACCUGGCUUAUUUAGUUAUAACUCAUUAAACACCUGGCUUAUUUAGUUAUAACUCAUUAAACACCUGGCUUAUUUAGUUAUAACUCAUUAAACACCUGGCUUAUUUAGUUAUAACUCAUUAAACAGACUGAGAGGUGUGAGAAGUGUGUUCAUCAUGCACAGGGAAUCAGACUGCACACAGAAGGUGAAAUGGUUGAGAAUGAUCUCAGGCUGAUGGCCGUAUGGAUCAGGUGGACAGUGCAUUGCUGGUUGUUGUGGUAACACGCAGGCUAACUGCCGGCACAGAGUAAGUGUAGUAAUGGCUUCAGUAUAAGAAAACUUCACAAGCAUUUACAUUUUUUAUAAUGAACACAGCGGAGUGAUACAUACAGUGGAACGUACUAGUUCUGGAUCACUAAUUCAAGUGCUGAAUUAAUAAUCAAAUUAAAUUAAUUGACAAAAACCUACAGCUGGGUAAUGUAGAUAUGAUGGUGUAAUGAUGGUUAUGUGAUUAAUAUUUUUUUAUAUUUAUAACGUGUACAUAUACCAGUGUUGCUGUUUUGCUUGAUACACACACAAAAAGAUUUUAGUGGUGGCCAAGUAUUAAGACAACAUAUGCCAUGGUCUCCACAUGCACAAAACAGGUGAUGUCACCAAUUAGUUGUAGCCUCUGUUUGAAAUUGUAUUAAUCAGAAUCAGCUUAUUUAAUUGAUAGAUGGAACAAAUAUGUGACAGGACUUAGGACAAAAUUACCUAAAACAAUUGAAGUCUCAAGUGAAUUGCAAAUUACUGUCCAUGACCUUCAGGAACGAUCAAGCAGAUUGAGAGAGUAACAUCUGAGUACUACAGACAUCUUCUGACUUUAUGCCCAGUCGGAUCCAGGAGAAUUUAAAGAAUAAAGGACUUCAUACUAAAUAUCAAUUUUGUACGUCAAUUUCACAGCAUAAAAUAAAUUAUUCUAUAAUCUUGAUUUUAAAAGAAAUUGAUUAUCAUUAAAAUGUUAUUAAAGCCA